AUGGAACCAUCCUCCACCGGAUCGGGCGAUGCGACUCGCAACCUGGUCUCGCUCCUCAAUGGCUCCAACAACUCCUCGGGAGCGGCGGGGGCGACCCAAAGCUCGGUCGGCGCAAUGACAAUUCUUUCCUCCGACACCGUCUCGUCCAAAUUGAUCCAACGCUACAAGUCUGAAUUGACCUCGACUUUUGUCGGUGAUACGAACCUCGUCGUCAUCAACCCUCUUCGCGUGCUCGGGGAUGUCAGUGAGGCGAGCAAAGCCGAGUACGAGGCGAGGUGCUAUCUCGUUCGGGAGGGGAAGGGGGGUGGGGACGUCCAGCCUCAUGUCUACGAACUAGCUUGUCGAACGUAUCUGAUGAUGAGACGAACCGGGAUUACUCAGAGCGUUGUCUUUAGGUACGUCGGGGGCGCCCUCGGGCGAAGUUUCUACUCUUCUCUCUGGAUCAGACACGUAGCUAACCCUUUUGGAAGUACACAGUGGCUUGACUGGGUCAGGAGCUACAUCGCAAUCGAAGCUAUUCACGUCGCAAAUCCUUCGACUAGCAUCGUCCGGAAACAAGAAGGAAACCCGGAUUGUCGAUCAGAUCGAGGCCGUGUCGUGUUUGCUCAACUCGUUCGGCUCGGCCAAGACCUCGCUCAACCCUUCUUCUUCCCGUCAUGCUACGUUCUUUGAGAUGCACUUUAAUCGUCUGGGUCGGAUUUCAGGUGCCAAGCUCGUAACGUGGGGUCUGGACAAAGGCCGGGUCAGACGCCUUGAUCGAGACGAGCGCACCUUCAACGUUUUCUACCAGUUGCUCGCCGGAGCGACCCCGGAGGAAAGACAGGAGCUGGCUCUCUUGACAAACCCGAUGGACUACAAGCUGCUCGCUUCUUCGGGAACAUCACGGCUACCUCCAACCACACCAAACUCGGACGACUCGAUCGCUUGCGAGGACUUGCGGCUGGCAUUCAAGGCGCUCGGGUUCAAGCCUCGACACAUCUCGGCCAUCUUCCGCCUCGUUGCCGCCAUGCUCACACUGAGCAAUCUCGAAUUCGCCGAUCCCGUCGAGGGGCAGUCUAGGGGUUCGUCAGAGUCGGCAUGGGUCACCAAUCGGGACGUGCUCGAUCAUGCUGCGGAGCUCCUGGGCAUCACCUCGGAGGAUUUGGAGCGAGCCUUGACAAAUCGAGUCCGAUGGGUGAGGAAGGAGAUGGUCGCGGUCAUCCUCCGUGCCGAAGGGGCGGGCGAGCAACGCGACUCGCUCAUGUCGGCGUUGUAUUCGAUUUUGUUUGCCUUCAUUGUCGAGACGGUGAACCACAAAUUGUUCCCUGGCGACGAGGCGAUUGUCGCGUUGCAAGCGCAGGGUGGUUCUUCGAUCGUCCAACUCGAUCAACCGGGACAUGCAUCUAAGUCGCAGAGCCGACCGGGGUCGGGGAUCUUGAUCCGCGCGAUGAAUGGCUACGAGGAGUUCAUUAACAACUAUGCCGCGGAGUUGAUGCGGUUCUGGCUGUGCGAGUACGAGUUCGAUGGCGACGCUGGGAUUGCCGCCCGAGCGCAGGAGGACGGAGUACGUGUCGCAGACGUCGUGCCACCGGACGCUUCGGCACGGAUCGAGCUCCUACGAGGUGGGCGAGUCGGAGGCAAGGCCGACAAGAAACCGGGAGGAUUGUUGGGCGGACUCGCCAAGGUCUGCGGCAGCAUUCGAAAAGGCGCUUUGGCCGAGGAAGCCGAUGAGGAGUUGCUCAAGGGGAUGAAGUCGCAUUUUGGUACCCACACGGCGUUCGUCGCGAGCCCAAGUGGACCUAGCGCCAAGUCGGCCUUUGGGAUUGUGCACUUCGGAGGUAUCGUAACCUACAGCGCGACGGGCUUUGCGGAGCGAGAUCUCGACCUUCUGGACCCCGAGUUCGUGUCGAUCUUGCGCAUGAGCAGUGAUGGAUUCAUCGGCAAACUCUUCUCUGGCCCCACUCUGGCUGCGGAGUUCCACCCCCUGGACGAGAAUAUCAUUGUCGCGGCUCAGGUCUCGUCGGCUCCAAUGCGGCAACCGUCUCCUAUCCGACCCUCGCCGGCCUUCGCGUCCGAGACGAGCGACCUGCUGGCACCGCUGCUCGACCCUCUCGAGAUCCGACCCAUAAGCUCUCAGAUCAAUGCCACCUUGUCGCAGUUGCUGGCUUUGAUCGAGCGCACCCACGUCUGGUCUGUCACCUGCCUCCGACCGAACGACUCCUGCUUGCCGAAUCGCUUCGACCCUCAACAGCUGCGGUCCCAAGUCACGCAAUUACUCUUGCCCGAGCUCAUCGCUCGCAAGCAAAUUGAUUUCGUUCAAGACAUUGACUACGACGCGUUUUCCGAUCGUCAUCGUGUAGCCAGCGCCAAGGAGGCCAUUCGCGUCUACUUGAACAACUUUGAGCUGUUUGAAGGCGUCGACUACGCCCUGGGACAUGCGCGGGUAUGGCUGUCAUACAAGGCCUUCCGUGCCGUCGAGAAUCAUCUGCGGAGUCGCGAACCAUUGGAUCACCGCGCUACGAUCGCUGCGGGUCAACCCGUUGUCACUUCGCCGGAACGGCGCCGCGGCAGCAAGUUGCCGGUGCUGAAUCGGUCGACGUCUCACAUUCCGCCGGUGGUUGAGGACGAUGACUGGGAGCCAGCUCCUCCGAAGCAGCCUUUCGCUUCUACUUACGAUAAUGCCGCGCGCGAUAGCGUCGAAGAUCUCGUGCAGCAACAGCAACACCGCCUUAACGCCGGUGCGGGCCCUAACUCGACCCCUGGCUCGCCGGACCCGAUGCCAGGGACGCUACCGCGAAGGCAUGCGUUCGGUUACGACGACUCAAUGUCGCCGAUGCCUUAUGUCCAUCCGACAUCGAUGCAGUCUGACGUCUGGGGAGAGAAGGAAGGAUCACCUCGUGCGGGUUUCGGGGGCCAUAGCAAGGGUUUCGGUGUAGGAGUCGGGCAGGGGCAGCCGCACAAGGAGGGUGCGCUCGAUCAGAAUGGCGACGAGCAGCAAGGCGCGACGGUGGAAGAGGUGCCGUCGAGUAAGGCUCGACGAGGAUGGGUCUUUAUCGUCACGCUCUUGACUUGGUGGAUUCCCGAUUUCAGUUUGAAAUACCUGGGUCGGAUGAAACGACCGGACGUCAGGAUGGCAUGGCGAGAGAAGGUAGGUCCUACUAGUCGCUCUCCGAAGCUGCCUGAUGGGAUGCAAGCUAACGAUAACCGUUCUACAGGUAGCUUUGUGUUUACUCAUCGGCUUCUUCUGCGGCAUCGUCAUCUUUUACAUCGUCAUUUUCGGCAACCUCCUGUGCCCAAAUAUGAACAAGGCUUGGAACGAGAAGGAGUUGGGGUAUCACGCCGGUACGACCGAUUACUGGGUUGGCGUGCGCGGCGUGGUCUAUGAUUUGACUGCAUUUUAUCGGACACAGUGAGCAAAAACCGAAAGCGACGCUUGAUUUUCGACUUAGCUCUCAUCUGAGUUUUGAUCCCCAAUCAGACACUCGGAUAUCUCGUCGUCGCCCGUCACAUCGUCGGACAUGCUCGAACUGGGUGGCCAGGACUUGACCAACUACUUCCCCAUCCCCCUGACGCUCGCUUGCCCUUCGCUCGUGAGUUCGACCUCCCUCGUCCUCCAAUACGCCAACUUCACCGCGGAUCUCCCGACUGCGAUCCACUCCACGGGUACGCAACAGUCGGUCAGCUCCUCAGCGCUCUACAGCGUCGACUGGUACAGCGAGACCUUCAUUCCCAAGAUGAACAAGUACAAGAAGGGUCCGCUCGUCUGGUCUAAGAAACAGAUCAACCAGCAGGUGAACUCUGAAACACGAUAUGUAGCCAUUGUCAAUUCGAGCGUGUACGAUUUGACCGACUACUUUUACACCAUCACGACACUCAACGACGAUACGUACAAAUUCCUCAACACGGACUUGACGGCUCUAUGGCAAGCCCAAGCGGGAAGCGACAUCACGAGUGCGAUUAAGGAAUUGAACUUGGAUGCGACCACGCUCGCAAUCAACAUGGAAUGCAUGCGCUCGCUCUUCUACACGGGAGAAACCGACUUUCGCCUCACACCGCGGUGUCAAGUACAGCCCAACAUGCUGCUCGCCUUCUCGGUCCUCCUCAUGGCCACCAUCGUCGCCAAGUUCAUUGCUGCGCUCCAGUUUGGCUCAAAGCGCAUGCCCGAGCUGCGUGACAAGUUCGUCAUUUGCCAGGUUCCCUGCUAUACCGAGGGCGAAGAAUCGCUGCGAAAAACGAUCGACUCGCUCGCGACGCUCACCUACGAUGACAAACGCAAGCUCCUCAUGAUAAUCUGCGAUGGUAUGAUCAUCGGUUCUGGCAACGACCGAGCGACCCCCCGCAUCGUUCUCGACAUCCUAGGGGUCGACCAAGAUGUCGAUCCCGAGCCUCUCAUGUUCAAGUCGAUCGCCGAAGGAUCAAAGCAGCUCAACUACGGCAAGGUGUGGUCCGGACUGUACGAGAUCGACGGCCAUGUCGUUCCUUACAUCGUCAUCGCCAAAGUCGGUCGACCUGCAGAACGAUCACGUCCUGGUAACCGGGGAAAGCGAGAUUCGCAGAUCCUGUCGAUGAGGUUCCUCAACCGCGUGCACUUUGACAGCGAAAUGUACCCUCUCGAACUCGAGAUGUACCACCAGAUUAAGAACGUUAUUGGUGUGGUUCCUCAGCUAUACGAAGUAAGAGCUUCGGCCUUUCAUUCUGUUGUGACAUAGAGCGCUUACCUUUGGUCUCGUCCUCAGUACUUGCUCGUAAUUGAUGCCGACACCAACGUCGCUGCUGACUCGCUCAAUCGACUCGUUUCGGCCGCUGCAGACGACUCGAAGAUCAUCGGUAUCUGCGGUGAGACCAAACUUGAGAACGAGCAAGACUCGUGGUGGACCAUGAUUCAAGGUGAGGUACAGACGAGGGCACUUCGUGACUCGGAGGGGUCUCACCACUGACUCCGGUCAUCUCGUCUGGGCACAGUCUACGAAUACUACAUCUCCCAUCACUUGGCGAAGGCCUUCGAAAGCAUGUUUGGUUCUGUUACAUGCUUGCCCGGUUGUUUCACCAUGUACCGUCUUCGCUCGGCCGACAAGGGCAAACCCUUGCUGGUCAGCUCGCUCAUCAUCGAUGAAUACUCCGAAGGCACGCUCGACACGCUGCACAAGAAGAACUUGCUCGCGCUCGGUGAAGAUCGUUACCUCACCACGCUCAUCCUAAAGCACUUUCCCAUGUUCAAGACCAAGUUCUUGGGCGAAGCGCAAGCCAUGACAGUCGCUCCCCAUUCUUGGACCAUCCUCUUGUCUCAACGUCGUCGUUGGAUCAACUCGACCGUGCACAACCUCGUCGAACUCAUCUACCUCCCCAACAUGUGCGGGUUCUGCUGCUUCGGAAUGCGCUUCUUCGUCAUGAUCGAUCUUAUUGGAACGCUCAUUCUUCCCGCGACGUUCGUCUACUUGGUGUACCUCAUCGUCGAAGUAUCACUUGGAGACACCCAAGUUCCCGUCAUCGCGUUGGCGAUGGUCGGUGCAGUAAGUGGGCGAAUCCGGACACUCGAUACCUUGUCGGUCUUACUGACGAGCUGUUCUGCACGCACAGACUUACGGUCUCCAGGCGGUUAUCUUCCUUUUCAAGCGCCAGUGGCAGUUCAUUGGCUGGCUCGUGAUCUACAUCGUGAGUGCUUACGGUGUCGGCAGGGUCCGGCACCUGAGGCUGACGGUGCCUCCUAUAUAAACGCGCAGCUCGCCUACCCAAUCUACUCGUUCAUCUUGCCGAUCUACAGUUUCUGGAGAUUCGACGAGUGAGUCAACCCGCCCGAUAUAGGCCCCAUCCAUCCCCAUGCUGAAAAUCAAUAUCCUCAACACACCGCAGCUUUACCUGGGGUAAUACGCGUGUGGUCGUCGGUGAAGGCAAGUCCAAGAAGGUCGUGCAAGCCGAGGAGGAAGCGUUCGAUGAAUCAAGCAUUCCCAUGGCGCGCUUCUCGGAGUACGAAGCUCGAAUGGAAGAAGAGCAACACUACGACGAAGACACCAAGUCGCACUACACGCAGUCCAUCGCCGGCUUCUCCAUGGCGACCAAACUCGGUCCACCCGCAACUCGAGCUGGCUCGUACGCAGGAGGGACCGACUACUAUCGCGAUACCGUGCAUUCUCGCCGCGGGUCCAAGGCGGCUUUCAGCCAGUUUGGUGGUGGACGACCUGGUGAAACGGGUUCUGUCCUCGGUGGCAUGCCCUCGAGACCGUCAUCGCAGUUCUUCACGGCCGCUGGCAGCACACUCGGGAUGGGGGCUCCUUCCGGCCCGUUCAUGGGUAGUCCCUCGCAGAUGCCGUUCUACCAAGGUCCUCACAUGUCGGUACCAUCCUUUGGAUCGACAUUCCCAGCGCUUCCUGCAAUGCCUUCCCAGAUGACGAUGAACCCUCCUCAGGGCAUGGUGUACGACUCGAAGCCCCAGCAGCCCCUGUCGAGUCUGCCGCGACGACAGUCGGACAUGUCGGCGCUGACUUCCAGCACCUUUCCUGCCUCGACGGGCGUUUACGGCGUGGCCGGCCCGCUGACUGGACCGCAAGUCAGUCAGUCGACGAGUCCGUCCGACGAGGAGCUCGUAUCAACUCUCAAGUAAGUUCCUUCAUCACAUGAACCGCUCAGCAUCACAAGAGACUGAACUUUGACGUCCGAUCUCUCACAGAGCCUACCUCGCCUCGCAAGAUCUGAUGAAGGUGACCAAACGCACCGCACGAGAAGGACUGCAAGCGUUUUACCCACAAACCCAACUCGGUCCCCGCAAGGAUGCGAUCAACGCCAUGAUCGAUGGUGUUCUUGCUGGCAAAAUGUAG